GCGGCACCAGCGCUAGCGGGGCUUAUGGCAUAAAGGGACCUGGAUUUUGCGGAGAGUGAGGAAUGUGGAGUACGUGGCACAAGCACACAUCGUGGCGCUGCCCAUGCGCCCUCGCCUGGGGGCUGCCUGUAAGCAUGCCUGUGUGGUGUGGUAUGUGGCAUGUGACACGAUGCAGCCAGACUGCCAGCCAGCCAGCCAGCCAGCCAGCCAGCCAGGGUGGGCGGGCAGGUCGAGCGCGCAAACACCACGAGUCCUCCAGACACCACACUCACCACAUCCAUACCCAAGUACUUACUACUUACUUACUCGCAUGCAUGCUUUCGCCUACCUGCUAGGCACGCUGGCUGCGUUUCCGGUCCCAUCCUUGUGGGGAUCUAUCGAAUCUUCACUGCCCUUAUCUCGACCUGUCUCCGGCGGCUUCACCCUUGCCAGCCGGGAACCAACAGAUGCCUUCGCUCCACGCUGCCAUUCGACAAUUCUGAUAUCUGGCCAGCCCCAAGGGCCUGCCCUCGCCAGAGCACAGUCUCAGAUCCAUAGGCGCGAGCCCAUCCAAUGGCCUAUCUAUGGUCGACCCAAAGAAAAUUUCUCCCGCCGGUUGAUUGUGAGGAUCAUCUCUGCAGUGGUCCAGCUGGGCAUGCACCCCGGACUGGAGCCCCAUAGCCCGGCAGGUUUGGCGGCUUCUACCUCCGCCGCCUUACCACGCCAGAUUGCGGCGUCUGAACACGGUCGGCCCGCCAGGCGCGAAGCGAAGGCGCACAGCGCACACACAUGUGCCUAUGGCCGGCCAAACGCCAAUCUGCUCACCAAGCUGGGCAUCGUGGCCUCCCUACCAAUCACAAACCAGCCGGAUCCCGCCCCUCCCUCACUAGCUUCAUCAAAAGCAACUGUCACGCACGACAAAGGAGAGCUUGCAAAUACUUACACAUUGGAUACCAACCGCCCACGGGACAAGAACGAGUGCCACCAAGCCUUUCCGCCCCUUGCAGACCAACUCGGUGUUAGUACUGGACCAGUUCAGCACAAGGCGUCUAGCGAGCUUCUAGGGCCGCAAAUCCAGGUCGCAAAUCCAUCCUUUGUCCCAGAACUGAGUGCGGGAUCUCCACAAUGUCCAACAGCGGACCUGCCUGACGAGGAAAUGCUGGCGGUUAAGGCUGCCGCCGACGAGUCACGUACCCUUGUCGGAAUUAUGGCACUCGCCACCCCAUUCGCUCCAGCCGAGGAAAUUUUGCCGCAAGUAAUUGCACCACUCACAGCCGUCAGCAGCACGUCGUGGAUUGUGGAGAGACCCUGACUCCACACUCAGAUCGACGCGUAUGCUACUAAAACAAGUUAGUUUACCGCCCACCGGGGAAUCCCAUAGUGCCUGCUUGGUCGGAGUCAGGUGCAAAGGGGAAGUGUCUCCGAUCCGAUGCGGCUCUCGGAACCAAAGACCAGACUAUUGCUUUGGCCCUCUCUUCCUCAAAGCUCACGCAGGGAAAUUUAUCAGACCCAAAUGCGCCGAUGCGGACCCGUCUCCAGAAUAUCGACCAUCUGUCCUUUGCAUCGCGUUUACCACCGGCUAACCAUUCAACCCUUCGCCGCACUUUGUUAGUUUAGCACCUUCCCCAUUGACUCCACCUCCGCGUGCAAGGACCGCAAUACCGCAAUACUUGGUCGAUGAAUGAAGGAAUAUACUUUACAAAGUAC